AAACGAGUAAUGUUGACUUUUCGAGUUUCGGUACUCGCGGAUCCAAACGUUUUGCAGUUAUAAAUAAGUGGUUUUUAAGAAAGGAACAGAGUUUGACAGUGACUGUUGCUCGUUCGAUCUUCAUUAUCAACCAUUUAUACAUGUUCUUUGUAAAUAUUCUGAUGCAGUCACGUGUAACGUAUGUAGAAAAUUGUACGGAAUAUUUUUUAACAAUAAGUGCGUACAAACUGGGGCAAUUGGUUUGUACUUGUACUUGGUCGAAGACAAUUUUUUAGUUUUUAAACAGUGGAUGUACACUGUUUGAAUAGGAUUCAGGAAGGAAAGCUUUUUUUAAGUUACUUUCAUUUUUCAAUAAAGAUUGUUACGAUAAUUACGUAAUGAGAGUGUUGAUAUUAAUUCUGUGUAUUCCAAAAUUGGAAGGUUAAGGGAGUUUCGUUUGUUGUUAUUCCCAACAAAUGGAUUAUAGACGUAAUUCGAGAUGAAAUUUAACUUACUUGAUCACCUGCCUGUCUAAAAUAUUUUUUGCCCUCGCUCGCAGCCUUAAAUUUGUCCUAAAUGUGAUCUAACGAAAAAUGUUAGGGUUGAAUUUUGAAGUAAAAGUUUCACGCGUUCUCGAGUAAUAAGAAACAGUGAAGACGAGAGAGGUAACAUGUGCGAUUCGUCAAAAAAAAUGAAAAAUUCGAGUGUCAAGGACAACAAUGGAAAGCAUAAACAAGUGGAAUCGACUGGACUCUUGAAAAGCACGAACGAGGAUGUUCAACGUGCUAUCGAGGGACUGAAGGAAAUACCGGACGAGGAACUGCAAGAGUUUCUGGAUGAUGAAGAUUUUAUGCAAGGUCUGGACGUGGUCGACGCAUGGGAAGGUGAAGAGGAGAAAUCCAAGAACGAGAUCGAUUCUAAGAGCAGCAACAGAGAUCAAGAACACAAACGUCCUUCUAGGGAAAGACAUCGUCGGGAACGCAAAGGAUCGCACAGCCGCGAACGGUCGAAAAGAGAAGAAAGAAAAUACGAAGAGAUCCGUCGAGAUCCAUUGAAGAGCACGAAAGACAUCGAGAGGGACAAGAUAAGGACUAAAAGGGACAACGAGAGCAAACUUUUGGCGGAGAAGGAGAAAGCCAUCAAACAUCUACUGGAUUCGGAUAAUGUUGUGCCGCCAGGUACGGAAACUGAAGCAAUACAAAGCAUCGCCGAGAGACAGAACAUGGAGCAGCAGGCGCAAAUGCACACUCGAUACAAAAUCCGAGUACGCAAAAGCUUGGAUCGUCCGCGUGGAAGUCCUGUCCGACGUAGAAGUCCGGAUAGGGUACGCUUGAAUUCACCUCGAAGGAAAUCGCCGUUAUUAUUGACACCCGAACGCGGCAGAAGUCCUUUUACCGAGAGACACAGAAGUCCCGGCAGAUUUAGUCCUGAGAAAAGGAGAAGCCCAAGAUUUAAUGCUCGGAGGAGUCCGUUCGGAUUCAGUCCCGAUCGACGAAGAAGUCCUAUGAGAAGACCUAGCUGGGAACGAAGAACAAGUUCUGAUAGAAGGUGGAGUUCAGAACGCCACAGAAGACGCGCGAACGUACACGAACGAAACAGAAGAAGCCGGUCGCGUGAACGCCAGCGAAGCCGAAGCCGAAGCAUGGAACGACUCCGAAGAAAAUCAAGUCGUUCGCCUAUCAGACGGUACAGCCCACGUCGGCGAAGUCGGACACGGAGCAGAUCAGUGGAACGUCGACGGAAACGUUCGCCCUUCAUCAACGAGCUCACUAGACAACUGAGGAGCGAAGCCAUUGCGCAACAUGCAAACACCACUGGAUACUCUGUGGACAAUAUUGCUCCUUUGAUGAACAACGUGUACAAAGAAGCGGAACCGAGGCCACUAAUGCAAUCGAUGCCUUACAUCCAUCAAACAGGAUUGCCGCCACCGCCGAUGCCACCAAGUGUCGUUCCCCCGCCCGCUCCAGCACCCUUCAUCAAUUUCGAAAACGUCCCGCCGACGAUGAAUUUCGAUCCGGUACCGAUGUCCCAUCCCUUGCCUCAAACGGAAUACGUCUCCGGCCCGGUGAUGUAUAAUCAAGGAAAUCAGCCGGGACACCGUCAGCCUCUGCUUCAAACACCAGACCCUACAUCACCGCAGCAACACGAGCAGCCUCCUUCGACGGUAGUGGACCAUGUGCAACCUUAUCCGGCUACUUCGCGUCAAUCACCCAUACAGAGUUUCGAUUUCUCCAUCAAGAAGGACUCCAUCGGUGCAGGAAGUUCGGGAUACAGGGAACGCAGUCGAUACGCGGACUCCUACAACGGAUACCAUGGUUCCCGCGAGGAACGGUUGAAAACGCCCGAACCACCAGUCAUCUCCGACACCAAACAGUUUGAAAAAACGAGCUUAUCGAGUCUGCUGGAAGCGUCCGUUUCCGCUAAAGAUUCAACUAAUCUACCGGUUUUGUAUCCAGGAUUCAAACCUGAAAUACUGCGUCACUGCUCUCACGCAUUACGCGAGCUACCAUUGGAAGAUCCUCGAUUAAAAAUGAAGGGACGGUUCUUCUAUGAGCCAAGGUUGCAGAACGUGAAGAUCGAACAGGAUUUGUUCGCGUCCAACUCCAUCCUCUUACAGAAGAACACGAGCAAGGUACUUUGGGAAGAAGAGGAAGAGAACACUACUCCCUUCGUGAAAUUGAACGUUCAGACACAUCAGAAGAUCUGUCAGACGGACGAAACGGAGACGAGCACAAAACUGGUACAAGCUACCGUUACCAUGGAGGAUUUCGAGAUGCAGGUCUACCCACAGGACUUACAGCAAGCGGCCAAAGAAGAAAAACGACCGAUAAUGGAUCGUCUGGACUGGAACGUUCGCGAGACCGUCGAUUAUUCAUCCAAGUUUCGUCAGGUUGAAGAUCUGAGGUAUUCCCUGAACUCCUCGCAGAAGAGGAACUGGAACAGGAACACAUCGCCGCACAGGAGAAACGACGAGCGUGAGCAUCGACUAGAAUCCGCGGAUCGCGGUUCAAGAAGUAUUGAUUCGCCGAUAAGGAGCAGGGACAGUUAUUCUGGUCAUAAGGAAUCGAGGGAACAUUAUCGCGACAGAUACUCGCCUGGUUACAGACACUCGUUGGACGAACGGGACGACUUUCACGACAGCAGGAGUGAACACAGCCGCGGUGAGAGCCCGAUGAUGUUGGACACCUCCGCGGAAGAGCUGGAACUGGAGCACACAUUCCAGAGAGGUGGAACGGAGUGGCACUCGCGAGGGAAAAUGUCCAGGGGCAGGUCUAGCCCAUUGGUAAAACCACACGUGUAUAGAGGCAAGCACUCCGGCGGUAGACCCUAUCGUGGACGUGGAUUCCGCGGCAAGUUCUAAAAUGUCUAUCUCGUGUACAGGUGUAUUGCUUCGGCUAUGUACGGCUUCGCGUGCAUGACUGAUGCAUCGCAAAGCAGCAAAAUCGGUGCUAUAGUCUUUACGAUAGAGUACAGGCAAAAGCGUGUAAACGCAGGAGGCCUCAGAGGUCUAUGUCAAAGGCGACCUCGAAUCGGUGCCGAAUCUGCAGACACACUGCUUGCUUCGAGGAUUUCCAGUACCCUUCCGUCGCCUUUCCGACCGAAAUUCAAGGAAUUCGUAAAUAGCGAUUUUCUUGUAGGUCGUCAAGGUCCGUGGCCUCGUGCUUUUUACACCCUUUACCUGUACUCUGUAAUAUUACAGUUCACUGGUUUUGUUACCUCAGCGAUGAAAAUCGCUCCCGCUACAAAUAGCGUGGAUCCUGCAUAAAAGAGUAAGAGCAUGUAAAAGAAUAUUUUACAUGUACUAAAUUGAAAACUUGUCUCCAUAUUCGCAUACAGGGUAUGUCGACCACCACUUGAAAACAAACAAAAAACCUUCGUAUAAAUAUUAUUUGCCAUAUUUUAAGCUUGUUUAAGAAGUAUUCGGAGUAACUCUCUUAUGGGUUGUAUGAUAUAAAUAUCAGUUUAUUAUUUCAAUAAAGGCGAUACAUGUUAGACUUCUAUGUUUAUUCAAACGAUUUUCAAAAAGAAUGUAUUAUUCGAUAUAGGUAGUUAUUUUAAUAUUAGAUACUGAACAAUAAUAAAUUUUAAGUUACUUCUAAGACAAUAUUAGAUCAGGCAUUUGUUCAUCUAAUUUUUCUGUUUCUUUUUUAAUAUGAAGAUUUUUUUAUUGUUUUUAGAUACGGGUAUGAGGUACCUCGUAUAUAAAUAUGCGAAAAGGCAAAAACCUGAUUUAAUUUAGUUGAAAAGCCAUUUUAUAACGGGGGUUCGUCAUAAAAAUAAACAAAGAACUUUAAUUCUUCUGUUGUUACAAAUGUAUUUUAUCUUCCAUAUAAAAAUAAUCAUGCCAAUUUAUUGUAUAUCAAGUCAGAAGUAUUUUUAAAAGAAAUAGUCAAACUAAAAUUGAGUUCGUUCCCUUAAAAAACAAAAGUAAGUCCCUUCGAGUCUUUUAGACACGAUUAUGGUAAAGUUGUAGAUAUACAAACUAAAUUGGACUUAAUGAUUAUGAAAUACUAUCUUACUACGUGAAAUACUCUUUGCACAGGUAGAGUAACAGGUUGUAAUUUCAAGUGUACGUAAAUUGUGAAUGAAAAUAAUAUUUGUACGUAACGUUUGUUAAAUAAACGUUUCAUCCGACAAUAUUAA